AUGGAUGAGGAUGCUCUGCAGGACUAUGAGUACCCAGAGCUAGAUCCCUUGCCACCCAAAGUCCAAGUUGUGAUAACCCCACCAUGUGACCCCACUGCUGAUGACAGGCUCUUCCAUAUAUGCAUCACUGCAAUAUCUCUUGUUGUCAUGCUGAUCCUAGCGAUCUUAGCCAAGCGUACAAAGCUGGCAGAUGGACAGAAAGGUCUUCCAGGUUUACUCAGUCCGGUCAACUUCCUGGACCAUACCCAGCAUAAAGGCCUGGCUGUAGCGGUGUUUGGAGUGCUCUUCUGCAAAUUCUGCGGCCUACUGUUAUCGCCCAGUCCCCUGCCCUUCAUCACAGACUCAGAGAACAAACAGAACUGGAUGAUUCUGGCCCUGUUCUAUUACCCCAUGCUAUGCUAUCCGCUCCUGGCAUGUGGCACCUUACAUAAUAAAGUUGGCUAUGUGCUUGGCAGCCUGUUGUCAUGGACGCACUUCGGCGUUCUGGUCUGGCAGAAAAUCGACUGCCCGAAAACACCUCAGAUUCACAAGCACUACUCCCUUUUCUCCAGCCUGCCCCAGAUAGCUUGCUUGGCAUUCCUUAGUUUCCAGUAUCCACUUCUCCUGUUCAAGGGUUUAAAAGGCACAGAGAAAAACAAUGGCACCGAGGAUCUAAACAGCAGUUAUUACAGAGACUACGUGAAGAGAGUCCUCAAGAGGAAGAAGCCCGCUAAAGUCGGUACAUCGAGCACAGACAAGCCCAAACUCAGUCAGAGGAUAACUGACGCUGUAAAGUCGUAUAUUUACACACCAGAGGAUGCGUUCCGUUUCCCUCUGAAGUUGGCGAUAUCGGGUGUGGUUUCAUUUAUUGCCCUAUACCAGGUGGCACUGAUACUCAUCAUGACAGUGGUGCCAAAUCUCCAAAUUGCACGUAUGGGACUCAGCGUGGAGGUGGUCUACAUGCUCUCUAGCCUCAAGAUUAACCUGUCUCCAGACGAUGCUGAGGUCGUCAGAAUAGUAGCCCAUUACAUGUGGUGUGUAGAGGUAUGCUACAUCUCUGCGAUGACCCUGUCUUGCCUCGUGAACCUGGCUAUGCUAAUGAGGUCCAUGGUUCUGCAUCGGUCAAACCUGAAGGGGCUGUACAGAGGAGAUAUCUAUAAUGUUUAUAACUGCCAGAGAAGUGUGAGGCCAUCCCGGCCUGCUCUGGUCUGCUGGAUGGGGUACACCAGCUUCACGGCAGCCCACAUCUCCUUAGGCAUGAUCGUCCAAACCAUGGUGUUCUUCCUCUGCCUUCUGGUUGCGGUCUUCCUCAUUAUCAUCCCAGUACUGCACGGACAAAAUCUCAUCCUGUUCCAUGUCCUGGGAAGCAUGUGGCCCUUCUGGUUGAUGCUUCUCUUGGCUGCUUUAAUCCAGCAUGUCACUGCCAGGUUCUGCUUCAUCAAAAAAACAGCAGGUACACGAGACCUAGACAACAGGGGUAGUCUGUUCCUGCUGACCUACCUGCUAUUUCCAGUCAAUGUUCUGAUUGGCGUUCUGCUGGGACUGUGGCGCAUGGUCAUCACGGCCCUCUUCAACAUUGUCCAUUUGGGGCGUAUGGAUAUUAGUCUUCUUAACCGAAACGUGGAGGCAUUUGACCCAGCCUACCGCUGUUAUGCUCAUUAUCUGAAGAUUGAGGUGAGCCAGUCUCACCCUGUGAUGAAAGCCUUCUGCGGGAUGCUGCUGCAGAGUGCCGGCCAGGAGGGCAACGCCGCACAGAGGGCUCGGGAUGCCGAGGAAGGGAUGCAGCUGGUGAAGCAGGAGAAGAAACAGCUCCAGGUGUCCAGCGCCAAGAGGGCUCGCGGGCACUGGCUGCUCCUCUACACCCUGGUCAACAACCCUUCCCUGGUGGGCACCAGGAAACACUUCCAGCUCCAAGCCACAGACAGCUUUCUGAACGGAGGCCUCGACCGCUCCACCAAGGAAGGGAGCAAAAAGGAGGCGGGGCCAAAGGAAGCGGUGUCCGCCGCCAGUAACUGAAAAUUCGGGUUACCCCUGUUAAGGAUUGGCUUUCUUUGCAAAAGGGUGUCUUGGUUUAUGGUUGUUUUUGUUU